GCACUUUUGAAACAUUAUGAAUUUAUGAUAAAUAGUUCAGUAGUUCCACUACUCCGCACUCUACGAAAAAUCAGAUAAAUUCUAGUGCAAGUAAUGGCAGAUCAUCAAAUAUCCAAGAGUCAUGUUCAAAUUCAGAGUUAGUUUGGUUGGAAGAGUAAUAGAGUAUCCAAUAGCGUUACAGAGCGAAAAGAGCAGAGUGAUCGAAGGUUUGGCCCAUUGUAUUUGUAACCCCAGGAGUUCUUUUUGAGGUUCAAAUAUGCAGAUUUCCUCUUCCUUUCUCUAGGGUUCCUCUCUCUCUCUCUCUCUCUGAAUUUUGCUGUUUAGCAAUGGCGAAGAAGAAGAAACGGAAUGCAGAGAUAGCAGAGCACAUAAUCGAUAAUAUACCCAAGAAAUAUUCUCAACAGCCCAGAAGCUCAAAACCCAAACGCCGUUCUGACUUCUCCUUCUUCUAUUCCUUUCCUAUCUCCAAUUCAGGUUCCUUACAGGGGUCAUCCUUUGGUGAAGUUGGAUCAUCCAAUGUCGCCUUAAAUAGUUUGCAUGGCAGAAAUGCUGAAGGAAAAAAAAUGCCUGAGCAUUCUCUGUUUCGGUGCAGCAAGUCACAGAAUAGAGGACUGCGAUUCUCAUCCAAUUACUAUAAAACUCCACUCAUAGAAGUGGAAACAGUAGCCCAAAAUGAACUUUUUGACUACUGCAGCGAUAGAAAUGUCAGUGAACAAACAAGUGAUAGUACUAGAUCAUUGGAAUGUACCCCCAAAAAAUCACAGGUUACAGAAAGCAACGGCUUUUGUAUAAAACCAGGAAGUAUUGUGUGGGCUAAAACAGCUUGCCAAAUGUGGUGGCCUGCUGAGAUCAUGGAUGAAAGAUCCAAUCUAGCUGACUCAAGGAACCAGGAUACUGAUGGACAUGUCUUGGUAGAGUUUUAUGGAAGUCACGACUUUGCUUGGCUUGAUCCUGCAAGAGAUCUUUCUGAGCUUGAGGAUUGCUUCCAAGAAAGGAGCUGUAACCCUAUGGAAGAUUUUCAAGAUGCUUUAAAACAAGCCCUACAAAGGAAAGAAUAUCUGAGUUCAUGCAGAGAGUUGUGUAAAAGCUCCGACGGGCCCAAUCACUCAGAUCAACAAGAUGAGUUCUCUGAUAAAUGGACUUCAUCAAUCUCAAGCAGAGCAGAUGAUUUCCUUGAAAGAGGGAGGGGCAAGAGGGAGCGAAAGCGUAAACUACACUUUGAUGAGGUGACAUGUCCAAUGAUAUCGGCUAAGAAGGUUCGACGGCUUAGGAUAAUGCGAUACCUUGGCCUUACCGCUCCAAUUGGUUCUCCUUUUUGAUCCACUCACCCAGUAAUGUAGAAUUCAUGAUGCUUGAUUUCCCAUCUGUAAUGAAGAUAUCAUCAUUUGAAUAUAAUGUAAUCUUCUUAUAGUGUA